AGACAAGACUCGUCUCUUUUGCGCUGCGUGUUGUCUGGUUGUUCACUGCCGAAGACGCUGUUAUACAAUGUCAGUGACCACAUCGGCUUACCAAGGGACAUGUACUGCAUUUGUAGUUUUUGUUGUUUGGCUGUCUGCCCACAUGUCCACUGCUACGUUGUCGAACUUCGGUGUGUGGCCGGGAAUCUUGGAAGAGCGGGUGAAGCCACUCUGGUGCGUGUACGACAAUAGGGUUGAUGAACGACCAUGGCGCUUCCUUCCUCGAGACAUCCCCACUGCCCAGUGCACGUCCGUGGUGUACACUUACCUAGGCCUCAGCCCUGGUGGUCGGAACCUGACGAGCUACAAGCCUAACUUCGACUUUGGACCCGCCGGACUUAGCGCCGUUUCAGCACUGAAGCGACAGCACGAACGCCCUGUACGCUUGCGCGCUCUCUUGGCCGUGGGGGGCCCGGACACGGACAGCCGGUUGUUCGAGCACCCGGUCGAAGGCACCGAGGGCGCGCGCUCAGCGCUCAUGGCGAACGCCGAACACUGGCUGCGCGUGUUUGACUUCGACGGGCUCCUGGUGCACAUCGACCGCCCGGAGAGUUUCACCACCUCAGAUUAUACCAUCAACGAGUUUGUCUUUGCCAUGUACGAGUUCAUGAAGACAAGAGACAAGUUCUUCUCUGUUAUCUUACCGGCUGAUAAGGACCGUCGGAGCGCCUACUUCUCGCCAUACGCCUACGCACAGAAGCUGGAGGCUUUUGUGGUCUGGAGCCACGACCUGGUGGUGCAUCCUCGGGAGCCAACUUGCCCAUCACCGCUAAACACCAAGCACAAACACCAUGGCCCAAAAGUGCUGUCCUUGGCUGAAUUGGUGGAUUCCGUGGGUGCCUCGUAUGCCACGGAGGAAGAGGCCCACCUGGUGAUGUCUCGCAUGAUGCUGACUUUCUCAUUGGCGGGAUUCUACUUCGACUUAGAACAGCCCAAUCCACGGCACCGCGGACACCCACAUCCACCGCUGCCCCGGGAGGUGAUGCUUGAGAGCGCCAGCUACGUCGCAUACCACCAGAUAUGCGGGGACAAGCAAUGGAAUACGACCUACAACGCCGUGACUGGUUGCGUCGAGAUGAUCGGAGAAAACGGGUGGAUUUCAUACCCGGGAAGACCGCGGAGAGAGCUACUGUCAAAAGUGGCUGGAGCCAUGCUCUUCGACUUGGACAUGGACGACUACGAUGGAGUCUGCGGGAAGAACCAUGCGCUAACCAAGACUUUCUCGAACUUACUUAAUAUGUCGUGACGUACAGUCGCUGCACUGAAAGAUCGUGCAGUCAUAUACCUUUACUAACCGCGGACAGUGAUUCAAUAUUGUGCGGGAGAAAAUUUGCAAUGCACAUGUGUUAUUCAUAAAUUACUUAAGCACCCUAAA